CAGAUAAAACUUAUAGGAAGCAGCAACAGCGUUAUAUUUGAAGUUUAAUUACGUUUAUAAUCUCUUGUGAAAAAGCAAAUCAUUUUCAACAAUGGCGCAACGAGAAAAAGGUUAUGGUUUAUCGCGGGAGAUUGCGAACAAACUAAAUGCAAAAUAUGAUGCCGACGAUGAAAAAACCGUGGUCGCUUGGAUUGCUUCAGUUAUUCAUUAUAACGGUGCAGUUCCCUCCGGCAAAGACGCUGUUCACACAUGGUUAAGAGAUGGGAACAUUCUGUGUUCUGUUAUCAACACCCUUAAACCUGGCACCAUUAGGAAAGUACAUAAGUGGGACGAAUUUACUGCCACACCAAGUGCUAUGAGAAAAAACAAAGAACAAGAAAAUAUUUCUUUCUUUCUAAAAGCGGCCGAGGACUUCGGAGUCCAAAAGACUGAUCUUUUCCAGACAGUAGACCUAUACGAGCAACAAAACAUGGCGCAAGUUUUGUCAACCAUUUACAAGCUGGAUUCGGCUGCUCAGAAAAAAGGUUAUUCUACCGGAGCCACUAUUGGGGUAAAGAUUGCUGAUAAGAACAUCAGAAAUCACGACGAAGCAAAACUAAAGGAAGGCCGUAAUGUGAUCGGGUUACAGAUGGGCACGAACCAAACUGCUUCCCAAAAGGGCAUGACAGCUUAUGGACUCGGGCGACAAUUGACUCCGCAACAGUAGAUAUGAACAAAAGAGCGAACGUGCUUUUCAACUUUUUUGCAUGCGCUCGCAACAACGCUGGUGUAUUAACGAUAACUUAAAAAAGCUGUAUUUACCACGAUCUACCAGUUUAACAAUAACUGCAAACUUGAUAACAAACUUACUAAGAUGAUUAUUACACUGCAAUAAUACUAGAAUUGAUUGAAGCUGUCGAUACAUUGUAUCUGCGGAAUCAACUCUAUUGCCGCUGGAUUAAUAUUUUCAAAAUGCACUUCUUUAUUUGCAUGCCUUUAUUAAGUGUAUAUCAGCAUACGAUUAACUCAUUUCAACCCUAUAAUAAUAAUGGACCAAUUGAACUGUUGUUAAAAUAUUGUACUUAUUCACUCGCUAUUAUAACGUAAGACCAAAGCAUCGCAUUAUAAAUAUAGGCCCCUGUAAAUGGAUUUGUUGCAUUAAAAUUUGUAGCAACAGAGUUUAGCUGAUGAUGCAAUCUUAA